AUGCAAGGCCUUUUUGGAAGAAGCAAGCACAAAGUGGUGCAAGGCCCAGCUACCACCUCGGUACGAUCUAAUAGGGAUAGGCCAAAGCAAGAACGAAGACAUUCAGGUUAUGUCGAAGGCGGACCAUCUCAUCGUCCCGGUAUAUUCACAUUAAAAUCAUGGCAUACUUCUUCAACUGGUGAACCCAGCCCGAAACUACCCAAAUCACCAAGGCAGAGCGGGGGUGUGAGAUCAUUCUUCCGCAGAUCAAGUAGUCCGGAUGAUGAAGAUGAUGGGGGUCUUGAAUUCAUGUGUAAAGGCGUCGACUCAAGGAAUCCUGUGAGAGACGGAGGUUCUUCAAAUAGAGACAAUGCCUCAUUUAAACCAGUCCAACGUAGAGUUUCGACUCGUAGUCGAUCCACAGCUAGACCAAAAAUUCGAAGUAGUCGUUCUAGUUCGGAGAAUUCGUUGGCCCUACGAGAAACCACAUCGCCAGUUUCGUCCUCAACUUAUCCAAAAUCACCAUAUCCAAAUUCAUCAGCAAAAACUUCAUAUCUUGAACCACGCUCACUUACUUCCGUGUACAAAACAAGGAAUCUAAGCGAAGACUCUGGUACUGUAUCUGAUCCGGAAAAAAACUACCGUGGAAGAGAUGGUAGAAAUUCGAGUAGACAUCUUGGGAGAGAUGUGAAAGCCAAGCCCCCCAAUGAUGGCAUCGAUUUACCCAAGAGAGAUCGCAAUGGUAAAAAUACGCCGAAUCAUCAUCCUCCAAGAACGUUAACAGACCGAAAUUAUCAUCAAGAUAAACCAAAUUGGAAGCCCUCUCAUCAAAGAAAAGAUGGCUACGAUUCCUCCCACAAUGAACAUAAGAUACCUUCUGGGAGAAGGGACCAUCUCAAAACCUCGGCUCCAAAAACUGCUGGGAAUAGAGAUAAGAUUGGAUCUGUGACCAGAGUCCCUCUCGAUGAUCAUAAAACUCGUCCUUAUCAGGUUCAAGACUACAGGAAGUUUAAUUCGGUAAAUCUCAAUCGUCAGUAUCGUGUACAGGUAUGA